GGGGCACAARGCAASCGUGAAUACAGGGUGCUGUACCUCUCGUAGCUGAUAGCUACCAGCACUGUACCAGGAAGAAGGGGCUCUUUCUGCGAAGCACCAAUUUUUGGAGGAAGGGAAGUGCGGGCUGUCUUGCAGUGCACCUCAGUGGCAACAAGGCAAGCAAGCAGUCGCCAUGUCCUUCCACCAACUCAAACAACAGCGAAAGGAUGCCCUCCAUCUUUCCAUCGCGGCUCCCUCUGCUGACACCCUGCGCGAUAUUCGCGAAGCGGUGGAGGCCGCCGAUGAAAAUGGUGGCGAAAUUAGCAAUCCAAACAGCAACAGCAACAACAACCCAAGCACUGCCGAUCAUUUCCGUAACUCCAAGAACGACGGACUCCCAUCGGAAAUGGUCAGCGACGAAAUUGACGACGACGACGAUGCCUCGGGCAGCGGAUCGUGGGCAACCAUGAGCGACAUCGAUUCGCAAUACACUCGGCAAAGCAAGAGUAGCCGGUGGAGCAACAACAUCAUGGAACUCUCCAUGAUUACCGACAGCGAAUACAGCCUGGGUAUCUACGACGAGAACGACUAUGACGACGAGAGUGAASAUGCCGACGGCAACGUCAACAAAUCGCUGUUGACGGGAACGAUCCCUCCAAUCGUCUCGGCAACGUCUCUGACGGAGGCAAUCGCCUCCACCAAGAGGAGUGGUCCUCCUUCCUUGUUCUUUUCUACGACCCCGCCGACCUCGAAUGGUGCGRCAAUGGGAAUGCCGGUAACGACAAUUGGCACCGCCAAUUCUCCCAGAAUWGUCAGCCCACAACUCAGUCCGCAACCAGACAGCAGAAACAACGAGAACGASAACGAGGACGACAACGCAUCGGAACAAACGGGAGGGAACGUCACGUCGGAAAGCCGGGAACGGAGAAGGUCUUCCCUGAAAAGCAGCAACUCAAGGUCUUCGUCGUCGAAGCGGAAAAAGAGCAAGGCUUCCAAGAAGGCGUCUAUGCCAACCGAUGGCGUCGAACGACCGCAUUCUCCCCCCUUGCCACCACACAUUCCCCUCGAAAACGCCGAAGCCGCGAAAGCCCACAGGGCACGCCUCUUGGAAUGGCGCCAGAAAUGCCUCCAAGAAGCCGAAGACCAAGUUUUCGAAGCCCGCCAGGAACUGGCCGGUGUCUCCCAGCACCUGGAAUUGCUMCAGGAACGCCACACCGCCGAAAUCCGUGAGCUCCAAGAGCAGCUCGAUCGCCAGAAAGAGGAACACCGCAAGACCCAGAUUGCUUCGGACGCCACGUUCCAGAGCCUCCAAAAGGAGAAUCGUGCACUCUUGCAGCAGCAGCAGCAGCAGCAGCAACAGCCGCAGCAACAAGCGACCACGGCCGGGACCGAAAACAGCUCCAGAAACGCCAAGGAAGCCAUCGUUCGCGACCUCGAGCUGGAAUCCAAGAAGACCAUGGACAAAGUGAUCUCUGACCACAACAAAAUCUUGCAGGCGCUCCAAAGCGAAAAAGCUUUGGCCGAAUCCAACCUGAAGAACGCCCUGGGAAGACUCCAAUCACUGGAAUCCGAGAACGAGCAACUGCUCCAAGACAAGCAAGGUCUAGAAAGCCAGCUGGAAACGACUCAAAAGAAAGUCCGGUUUGCUGAGCAACAAAGCUCAGUUCUUGAAUUCAAGGUCGACGAGUACAAGAGCAAAUGGGAAAAUUCCUUGAAGCGGUCGCGCAUCGUCGAAUCGGAACUGGUGACGGUGAGGUGCGAUCUACAAGCUGCCAAGCAAAAGCAACACGAUGCCGAACUCCAGAAACAGCAGCGGGAGCAAGAAGAUUCCGAAGCCAACAAGCAGCUCGAGGUCAAACUCCAAUCUUUGACCGAGGACCGAGAAUCCCUCCAAGCCCAGCUACAAGCCGCUAAUAGGCAAAAAGACACCCUAGAAACCGACCUGUUCCAAGCCAAAGACGAAUCCGUCCGGCUCCAGGGCGAACUUUCCGAUCUUCGAACCUCAAUGCGACGCGCCGAGACCGAGCACGAGCUGGACAAAAGCAAGCAAACCGAGUCGUUUCAGUCGGAACUGAGGGAGCUCCGCAAUUCCAUGGCCCUUCUCGUGGCAACCGACGAGCAACGCCACACCGAGCUCGACCGACUCAGGGCAAGUGAGUCGGAACUGAAAUCGAAAUUAGUAGCAGCGGUCAACGAAGUAACUGGACUGCAAUCUUACAAAGCCAUGCCCGAGCAGAACACCGAAGAACAAUGGCGUCGGUCAUUCGAAGCCGAAAGAAUAGAGCAUCAAUUUCCAGAUUUCUUACUCUCUGAACUCAAWGCUUCCGUUACGAAGGCCCAAGAACGGCAGGAAUCGUGGACAACCGAACUCGAGGGUCUUCGCACCUCCAUCGCCGCCCUUACCACCGAAAACGAGCAACACCAGGCCGAGCUAUCGGAACUCAGAGCGAAAGAGUCCAAAUUGAAAGCGGACGCAAAUGCCGCAGCGGUCCAGGCCGAAGCCGAAUUUGAGCGAGAGAGGCAAAAAGCAAACGAUAACGAACAGAAACUCGUUUCCGAGCUAGCGGAAUCCAGAUCCAAGGCCAAAUAUCUGGAAGGCGAGACGGAGGCGCUCCAAUCGAAAGUUCUGGCCCUGGAAGAGGAGCAAACGAAUCUCGAAACCGAACUGAGGGAAACAAAGAAUCGAUGGGAGGACGCAAAGGCCGACUCGGAGCAAGCCGAGCGCGAUCUAAAAGUUGUGCGCGAGGAUCUCGCCAAAACCAGGGCAUCUCUCGAAGGUUUGGAAUCGGAACACACAAAACUGAUCGCCGAACAGAAAGUGUUGGUAGACACCCACGAAAAAGAAGUUCGGGAACAACAGUCCGAAAUAUUGUUGAGCCAAACACGGGAACGAACCUUGCAGAACGAGCUCAACGCACUUCGGGAACAACRAAAAACCGCGGAACAAGAAGCAAGAGACUUGGAGUCAAAGCUACAAUCUACACGCGAAGACCAUGCUGCUCUGGCCGACACACACAGAGCAUCUAAGCUUGCUUCGGAGACCGAGAUUCUUGCUCUGAAAUCCGAAAAAGAUGCUCUGACAAAGCAGGCCCUCGCCUUGAAGUCAACGCUUGCGGAUCUUGAAGAGCAACUUGGAAAAGCGAAGAAGAAAUGUGAUUUUCUGCAACGAGCACAGGACGACGCAAACGCCGAGCUAGAUCGCAGAUCGAAGGAACAYGAAGCUAUUUCAAAGACCUCUUCCGAAGAGUACGAGAAAUUGGCAUCAGAGCGAGACAAUCUUCGAAAGAAAGUCCAAUCGUUCGCGAAGAAGGAGACCGAGCUCGAAGGGAAAUUGAUAAGCAUCGUUAAUAUUUUAGAGACUUCAAAUGCCAAUCUCACGGCCAACGAGCAGGAACGCCUCGAAACGGAAGAACUGCUCGCCGAGGAAAGAGAAACGACCCAAGCGAAAAUCUUGCAACUCGAAGAAGAAUGCGAAGUAUUGAAGGGGAAAAUUACGAUCGUGAAGGGAGAGAAGAAUGACUUGGACACAGAACUGUCUGCUGUUCAAAAAGAGCAUUAUCAACUCAAGGAAACACAGAAGAUUUCAGAGGAGAAACUAUCGAAGUUCUUGCUGCUACAGGACGAACUCAAGGCAUCGAGUCAGAAACAACUCUCCGAUCUAUUGAACCAACGAAAUGGGUUUUCAAAGGAUCUAGACGAGUCAAACCGAAAACAAACCGAGUUAGAAGAAACUCUCCUUGAAACAACGGAACUCUUGGACGAGACCAAACGUAUUCUUGUUCAAAAAGACAUCAAAUUUGAGGAGCUCGAAUGCAAGUUUGAGAAUGCAAAGGAAAGCAUUCGUCACCUUGAAAAGGAGCAAUCCCGUAGGAGGUUCGAAAAGGACGAAACCGACGCUCUGCACGCUCGAGUUGUCGAGGAGCAUCGUAUCUCUGCGAAGAAUCUAGAGGAUAGGUUAGGAAUCGCAACGCAGAAAGUAACCGACCUGAACAUAGAGCAGGAAGUCGUGGCCAAAACCAUUCAGAAUUUAAAAGCCGAUCAAACCGCACUUGAGGGAAAACUGAAAGAGUCGGUGGACUCGUUGGCCAAAAAKAAUUCUCAGCUAGAACAAAAUCAGAAUGUACGGCAGCAGCUUGAGGGAAAGAUUAACGAGCUGGAAGAAAGAUGUGAAUUUCUGAAAGUGGAACAAUCCGAUGCCAAAGGUGAAACGGAGACCGUCAAGGUUCUCUAUGAGAACGCCCUCCAGGACCACAAUGAGCUCAUUAAGAAGAUGGAAGAACUCGAAGCCUCCGCUGCAGAAUCGGUAGCAGCGAUCCGAACCGAGAUCGUUGCGGAACAGAACGUGCGGAUCGAAAACGCUGAGACCGAGAUGCGAAACGCCCAGGCCCAACUUGAUAUUCUAAAAGAAGAGCAGAACCGACACGAGAUUGCGACCGCCAAUGAGAAGGCUUUGAUGGUUGCUCACCACGUAGUGAUGACAAGGCGCCACGAGGCAUCUAUUGCAGCACUCCAAGAAGAGUUGGAAGCCAUCCGGAAGCAAGCAUUGGAUUCGGAGGAUGAAAAGGAGGUAUUGCAAAAACAAUUGAAAUCUCUCGAGGAUAAGGAAAUGGCCCUGGGACAAAAGUAUACGGCCACACUCGAGACGCUGCAUACCACUACAUCGAGAUUAGAUCAGGCAGAGCUCGAAAAAUCUGUCCUUAAAUCAAAACUCACAGAGCUAGAAGCGGAUUUUGAGGCAAUAAAGACCGUGCAAACCGAUGUCUCGAGGAAAACGAAAGCUUUCAUUGCAUCCYAUGAGGCAGAGAUGACUAAAAGUGAAAUGCUCAUUSAGGAGGCAGAGAACGAAGUGAAAUCCUUUAAAAAAAAAGUUGCCGUGUUGGAAAGAGAAAGCGAAUCUUUCAAGCAGACCGCCAUCAAAGAAAAAGAGAGCAUGUUGGCUCUGCAUUCAAAGGAAUUGAAAGAUUACGAGAAUUUAUCUCAAGACCUACAAUUGAAACUCGUAGCUUCUGAACAAGACGCUCUCGAAUCCAAAAGAAAGAGAGAAGAACUACAGCAUGUCAUAACAUCACUCGAUUCGGAGCUCAUGGCUCUGAAAGAUGAGUUUGAAAAGUUUUCACAUCUCCUCAGGAAGGCUGAAAGUGAUCUGAAGGAAACAGAAGAGAAUGAGAGUUGUUUGCGAAGCGAACUAAUGAUAUUGCAAGACAAGGUUGAUUCAUUGGAACUCGAGCAGUCGAACUCAAAAAAAGAACUGGAUGCCCAAUUGAAUAUGAUUGAAGAGCAAAAGAAAGCAAUAAAGAAUGCAGAAACGGCAACUCUACUAGCUAAAGAACAGGAAAAAUUGUCAAGGAGCGAAGCAGAAUCUCUCAGAAUAUCUUUCGAAAAAGAGAAGCAGGAAUCUAUUGCAUUGCACUCGUUAGCUAUCGAUAAUCACUGCAAUUCAUCCCGUGCACUCCGAGAGAAACUUGGUGCAGCGGAAAUGCAAGCAGAAAAGUACAAGCAAGAGAAAGAAAAACUCAACGACCAAGUCGUCUCACUGAAUAUGGAACUCAUCAAUCACAAGGACGAAUUCGACAAGGCUCUAGUCACCUUCAAAACUACUGCUGGUGAACUUCAAGAAGCAAAUGAACGCGAGAGCUUGUUGAAAAAGCAACUUUCAAACUUGCAGGCGAAACUAGAUUGUACAAAAGCCGAAAAGGCCGAUGUCUCGAUCAGAAUGCAAACACUUCUCGAUUGUCAUUCGAAAGAGGUGAGAGAGAACCAAGAAUCCAUCAAGAACGCCAAAGCGGACGUAAAAUCGGCGAAGACGGAGCUGGAUCAUCUUCAUCAAAAGCACGAAGAGCUCAAGAAGAUUAUUGCGGUGGAAAGAGAGAGGGAUUUACAAGCCCAUUCAAAGGAGAUGGAGGAAGWCGUUCGAUCAAUGCGMAGUCUUCGGAACGAUCUGGACUUUGCUCAAAAGGAAUGUCAAAUAUUCACGAAGGAGAAAAACGAACUCCAUGAACGAUUACAAGCAAUAGCGGGGGAACGAUUGGAUCUUCAAUCAGCAUUUACUACAGCGUCGAAUCGUCUUUCAGAAGUCGAACGUCAGUUGAGAAUCGAAGAGGAGGAAAAAAUAAACAUCCAGGCUGCACUGUUAAAGAUGCAACGGAACUAUGAAUUGAUGAAGAACGAACGAAAUGAAACAAGAGUCAAAAUGAACGAAAUGGUUUCAGUACAUGCUGCUGCUCUGGAAAAGCAGAAACUGCUCGUCGAAAAAUCACAGGCAAACGCACAGGAAACGACGGAGCAGAUGAAGGUACUCCAAUCUGAAAAAGUGAAACUAGAAGAAUCACGUGAUGCAUUGAAAGAUAAAAACGAUGAUCUGCGGUCAAAGCAUGAAUCAGCAUUAUCAUCGAUCGAUCUGCUGAAUGCUUGCGUUCAAAAAACAGAAAAAGCGAGAAUCGAAAUGGAAGCCAACCUAAGGGAUGCAGAAAGACGUGAAGAAUCGCUCGUACAAAGUGUGAAAUCUGUCACUGAAGAAAAUUCGUCUCUGAAAACAGCUAUCGAAGUAUCUGAGACAGACCACAAGGCUCAAGUAUACCGUCUGGAAUAUUCGAAACUYGAGGUUUCAAUUGUGAAUGAAAAAAUGUCGAAGGAGAUUUCGAAUCUACGAGAUGCUCAUUUGGGUGAAUCUGAGCUGCGUGAAAUGUCUGAGAAGAAAAAUUUGGAUCUACAGCACAAAUUGGAUGAAGCCAUAACUCGGAACACGGAACUGGCCGAUGAGCACAACCACGCAAUGCUUGGUGCUCAAAAUCAAAUAGGCAUUCUUCAAUGUCAGCAGAAAACUUUACAUCAAAGAAUGGAGAUAGCAGAAGCAGCAAGAAUGGUAGCAGAAAAAGGUGCUGAAGAAAACGCUAUCGUUUUGGAAGGCAUCCAAUCUGAUCUCAGGAAUUCGAAGAGAGAAAACGAUAGCCUGAUUUCUGGAUUGAAUGAAGCGAAAGGGACGAUACUUGCUCUCAAGAAAGACGUCGAAGAGGCACUUACGGAAAAGGAAGAAUACUACAGGGCCUUCAGAGAUCUUGAAGAAGAAAUUGGCGUAACGAGGAAGAGAAUGCAAGUCAUUGAAACGGAUAGACAACGUCUUGAAAACGAGAUGCAAUCUAUGAAAGAUGACCGCGACAAAUUGGAAGAAGAAUCAAAGCUCACUCGUUCUCGACUAAAUACUAGAGAUGCCGAGGUCGAGUCGUUGGAGAAAGSUUUGAAAGGAGAACGGGAAAACCUGGGAUCUUUGGAACACAAGAAUAACUUUUUAUCACAAGAAAAGAAAAAUCUGGAUCUCGAAAUCGAGAAACUCGCGUCAAAUCUCARAGAUUCACGUGUCAUCGCGGCGAGGGAACAAGAGAAUCACAAUGCAUCGAAGAAACAGAUGUUGGCAAUACGGAAGGAGUGUGAUGAGCUUCUUUCUCAGCUUUCUGCUUCAAAACAAGAAGUUGAGACGAAAGUGAACAAGGAAUCUCAUCUAUGUGAAGAAAUCUCAUCACUCAAGAACCAAAUCUAUGAAUUAAACAAAGAGAAAGAUGAGCUCAAAGAAUUGAAUGCAUCCGUAGAAAAGAAGAAAGUGCAAGAGGCUCAGGAUUUGCGACAACAAUUUGAAGAAGCAAAUUCCAAAUUAAUGGAAGAAAGAGAUAAGCUCAUCAAGCUGAAUGCAUCAAUCAUGGAUGAGAACAAUAUGAAGAUUAAGGAAUUGAAUCAUCAACUUGAUGAAGCAAAGUCACAAUCUGCAGAAAGAGACAAACUGAAUACAUCCUUGAUGGAMAAGAAGUGUGAUGAAAUUCAAGAUCUACAUCAACAAUUGGAAGAAGCAAAUUCAAAGAUGGCAGAGGAAAGARAGGAAUUCAAGAAACAGAAUGCAUCAAUCAUGGAUGAGAACAAUAUGAAGAUUAAGGAAUUGAAUCAUCAACUUGAUGAAGCGAAAUUUCAAACAGCGGAAAGAGACGAGCUUAUCAAAUUGAAUUCCUCUUUAGUCAAGGAAAAAGAGAACGAGAUUAUCAAUUUGCGUAGCCAAUUUGAUGAAGCAAAUUCAAAGAUGGCAGAGGAAAGAGAGGAACUCAAGAAGUUGAAUUCAUCGUUGUUGAAGGAAAAGGAGAUGAAGAUUGAUGAAUUACGUUGUCAACUUCAGGAAGCAAACUCAAAAAUGGCAGCAGAAAGGGGCGAGAUGAAUAAAUUGAAUGCAGCUGUAGUAGACAGAAAAGAAAUGGAGGUCCAGGCUUUGCGUAGCCAAUUUGAGGAAGCAAUKUCAAAAAUGACAAAAGAAAAAGACGAGCUCAACAAACUGAAUGCAUCAAUCAACAAAGAGACAAAUUUUGAAAUUCAGGAUUUGCAGCGUCGACUUCAGGAAGCAAACUCAAAAAUGGUAGAGGAAAGAGAGGAGUUUAACAAAUUGAAUGCAUCAAUCCGGAAGGAAAAAGAAGACGACAUGCAGGAUUUGCGUCGUCAGGUUGAGGAAGCGAAUUCAAAAAUGAUGGAGGAUAGACGUGAACUUGUAACUUUACAUUCUACUGUCAAUGGAAACAAGAUUGAGAAUCAAAAUCUACGCUUUGAGCUCGAGGUAGCCAAUAGUAAAAUGACAGAAGAAAGAAACAAAUAUGUUGAAUUAACGAAAAGCAUCGAAAAGGAAAAAAAUUCCAUUGCGCAGGAUUUGCGUUGCCAAGUCGACGAAGCAAGCUCCACUAUUGCAAACUUAAAGGAUACUCUUAAAACCAGUCACGAAGAUAAAAUCAGAGAACUCAAAGAAUUGAAACGAGAUCUCGAAAAUGUAACCAACGAAAAGGCUGCGCAAGAAAAGAAAACUCGGAAACUAGCGAAAUUACUCAAGUCGACGCUGAAUCACGUUACUAGAGUAUCUCGAAUGAAAAUGGAUGUCAAUUUAAGCUAUCGGGACUCGAAAACAGGCGAAUAUCGUCGACUGCCAGCAGAAGCUGAAUACUCUGGCCCAGUAGUCAAUUCGAAACCACAUGGAGCAGGACUCAUGAAAUUCAAGUGCGGAGAUAUGUAUUUAGGCAUGUUCGAAAAUGGUACGUACCACCGAGUUCUUUCUUAUCAGAAGAAAAAAGGGGGUUGGAAUCUUUCGAUAUUGUUUGAUACUUGCCUGUCUAACAAGUUCAUUCUGUUGGCUCAUUUAUUUUUUGAUGUUUGCUACAGGUGAAAUCAAUGGGGAGGGCAGCUACAUUACGAGCCCAAAGAAGAGACGAGAGAAUGGUUCGAGCGAGAAGAAAAAGAAACAAACAACAGCAUCACUGCUGUUCAAGGGGCAUUUCGACCGCAGCGAAUUCUCACCAAGCCCACAAAAGCCGAAAGAAAAUCACGUGCCACGCGAUGAUGUUGCGAGCACGAAGGUCCGUUUGUUUGCGGACCCAGAAAUGAUGGUAGACUUAAAAGAACUUCAACAGCACCGAAUGCAACAUGAAGCCGAUACCGAGACUGAUGUUUGAUUUUUAUUCCAUUGAAAUCUGUCGAUAUAGUACCGAUGGAAUGUAAGGGAUGAAUUGUAGUGUUGCAUAUCCAUAUCUUUUUAUUCUUGAGAUUUUAUACARCAUUCCGAAGAUCACGAUACUGCGAUGGGUGAGGCAGAAACUUUCUCGCUUCGCUAACGUGUAUGUGAAAAUCUUUGGACCCCUGUGUAGUUUCCUUCUGUUUCCAUCGGAGCACAACUGUACGCAUUGAAGGGUGGGACAAACAAGCGAACUGGUUGAAGGCCGAGUUCGUCGUUUCGCUAACAUGCAAAGAAGAAGCUUCCAUCUCAAUUUACUAUGAAUGUUGUCUUUUGGACUGUAUUCUGGAAUUGAUGAAACGAGACAGUUGCUUUUUCAUUUUCUUUUUGAAUAAAUCUAAUUUUAUAUU